UUUCCCGGUCUAUCUAUUGCCUCGAGACUGUAUAAAAAGCGAUCCCCGGCGGGGUAGUAGCUAAGUUUGCGAAGCUCUCUCGAGGGAACACAAGCGUAGUCAUGAAACUGUUUAUCGCGCUCUCCGUUUUGGUGGCUGUGGCCUCGGCCUUGCCACAGUUCGGCGGUGGCAAUGCCAACGCCAACGCCAACGCUAACGCCCAGGCCCAAGGAUUCGGUGGAGGCGGCGGUUUCGGCGGACGUCCUGGAGGUUUUGGAGGCGGCCCCGGAUUUGGAGGCGGCGGAUUCGGCGGUCGUCCCGGUGGCGGUUUCGGAGGCGGCCCCGGCUUUGGAGGCGGCCCCGGCUUUGGAGGCGGUGGCUUUGGAGGCGGUCCAGCAUACGGAGGCGGUCCCGGAUUUGGAGGCGGCGGCUUCGGCGGACGUCCAGGAUUCGGAGGCGGCGGCGGCGGCUUUGGAGGUCGUCCCGGCGGCGGUUUCGGAGGUGGCGGUGGUGGUGGCUCCAGCUCAGCUUCAGCCUCUUCAUCGGCUUCUGCUGCCGGAGGCGGCGGUCGUCGCGGCGGCGGCGGCUCUGCAUCCGCAUCAUCCUCUGCCUCUGCCGCAGGUGGCGGACGGGGUUAAACCAUUCCAUAAGAUAUUUUGAAAUAAUUGUUAAGAAAUGACUGUGAAUAAAACAUAACGUACAAAAUUGUAUUGAUUUCAAUAA